UAAAAAUUUGUGUCUUACGGUUUAUGUGUGUUAUUUGUGUUAAAUUUUAUUCAUAUUUAUUAUUAUCACAGAUGUGAGUCUACCUGUGGAAAUAUUAGUUUUGUUUUAUAAAAUAAAAAAUAAGUUAAAUAAAUAAUGUUCUUCCGCAGCCUCGGGGGUUUAUCCAAAUCAAAGCUUUCAAUCAGAGUCUUAUUUUGAAGGCGCUGAGCGGAUGUGUCUCUUGUCUCUACCUUGUCUCCGUGUCCGUCUCUUGUCUCUUUCUCCGCAUCGGAGAGAUUUUCUCUCCGCCGAUUCGCGUCCAAUCACGGCGGCUCUGCUGCACACCGAGGCCGGGAAGAGUCCGACUGGAUCCAUCCGCCGUCCGGAGGUCUGGAGCUCAGCCGAGGAUACAGCCGCGGAUGGUUGUGUCUCCAGGCGGGGGACCUGGCAGCCCGGGCCCGCAGCGGGAGCAGGGAGGAGGCCCCGACGCCCCCUUGUUCUGACCCAGAAAACAGCACCGACAGCCUGCCUGCCUGUCAACUAGAAGGCCGGUUAGCUGCUGGCCUCUCCGGAGCUCGCAGGGAGGCUCCCGGGGAGCACCGUUAACGGGAUCGUUUGCAUCCCACCGGACUUAUUUUGGUUCUAAUUACCGAUCACACGGAUCCAUCCGCACUGACGGAUUUUAACAGCGACCUUCUGGAAACCCGGGAGCUGGCGGCUAGCUAGCUUCAGGCUAGCUGUCCCAGUUAGCUUCUCUCCCCGGUAACCAGACAGCGGAGGCUCCGGAGCGGGGAACGGAGGAGCACGGUCGGUCUCCAAGUACCUUCUCAUCGUUUCUACGGACCUCACCGGAGAGACCGAUCAUGGCUGCUGCCUUAAUCAAGGAGAUCGUGAGCAGAAAUAAAAGACGCUACCAGGAGGACGGCUUCGACCUGGACCUGACCUAUAUUUAUCCGAACAUCAUAGCGAUGGGUUUCCCCGCCGAGCGUCUGGAGGGAGUAUACAGGAACAACAUCGACGACGUCGUGCGGUUUUUGGACUCAAAACACAAGAAUCACUACAAGAUCUACAAUCUAUGUGCAGAGCGUCAUUACGACACGUCAAAGUUCAACUGUCGAGUCGCUCAGUAUCCGUUCGAGGACCACAACCCGCCCCAGCUGGAGCUGAUCAAGCCGUUCUGCGAGGAUCUGGAUCAGUGGCUCAGCGAAGACGAGCAGCACGUCGCCGCCAUCCACUGCAAGGCGGGAAAAGGUCGCACCGGCGUCAUGAUCUGCGCCUACCUGCUGCACCGAGGCAAGUUCCAGGAGGCUCAGGAAGCCCUGGACUUCUAUGGGGAGGUCCGCACCCGCGACAAGAAGGGUGUGACCAUCCCCAGUCAGCGGCGUUACGUCAUCUACUACAGCUUCCUGCUGAGGAACCAGCUGCUGUACAAACCUGUCGCCCUGCUCUUCCACAAGAUGCUUUUUGAAACCAUCCCCAUGUUCACCGGAGGCACCUGCAGUAAGUCUGUCUGUCUGUCCACCUGUCUGUCUGUCUGUCUGAUUCGGUGUCUGACUUCAGACAGACAGUUAACUGGUCGAUGUGUUUGUGGUGCAGAUCCUCAGUUUGUGGUGUACCAGCUGAAGGUGAAGAUCCACACCUCUAACCCUGCCCACACCCGACGGGAAGACAAACUGAUGCUGUUCGAGUUCCCGCAGCCACUUCCUGUCUGCGGAGACAUCAAGGUGGAGUUCUUCCACAAGCAGAACAAGAUGAUGAAGAAGGAAAAGAUGUUCCACUUCUGGGUCAACACGUUUUUCAUACCGGGGCCGGAGGAGAACCUUGUCAAACUGGAGAACGGCAGUGCCGGGACGCCGCGGGAACCGGCCGACAGAAUGCAGCAGAAUCCGGGGAUGAUGAUGAUGACGACUACGACGAUGAUGAUGGGAGGAGAAACCAACGACAGAGACUUCCUGGUUCUCACUCUGACCAAGAACGACCUAGACAAGGCCAACAAAGACAAGGCCAACAGGAACUUCUCCCCGAACUUCAAGGUGAAACUGUAUUUUACCAAGACGGUAGAGGAAGGAGCGAACUGUGACGCCAGCAGCACGUCGGCCUCGGUGACGCCGGACGUCAGCGACAACGAACCGGAUCACUACCGCUACUCGGACACAACGGACUCGGACCCGGAGAACGAGCCGUUUGAAGAUGACCAUCACAAUCAGAUCACAAAAGUCUGACACACACACACACACAUACACACACUGUCUCACACACACACAUACAGAUAUAUAUGUGUAUAUAUAUAUAUUCAGUAUGUUUACACACUCAUGAGUCCGUUACUGAGACUAGCGUGUUGUUAGCUAACGGGAUGAUGUAACCAAUGGACCAUGGCUGAUCUGUGGGACUCACAGAGCUCAGAUCAGUUUAUAAGACCCCACCCCCACCCCACCCCCCCACCCCACCCCACCCAUCUUCUGCUCAAUGCACAGCUGGACAAUCACAUGGUGAGGAGGGCGGGGAUUAACGUGUGGGCGGGGCCAGGCCGGGCAAACGCACGGCGAAUGGACAAUGAGACAGAUGAAUGGACAGACAGGAGAUUUUAAAAAAUAAAAGAGUAAAACUUGAAUAUAAACAAACUGAAAGACAAGUAGACUUCUUUAGUGACUACACCAAGAUGUUUGUUGGAUAAAUACCCACAACCCCUGUGUGUCCUUCCUUCCUUUCUUCCUUCCUGACCAGUUGUAGGAAACUUUAUACCGACCAAUUUUAUUUUUCCAUUUCUUCAAUCUUCAAUUGUGUUAAGCUGUUUCUGAGAGCUGACACUUCUCUCUGUGUGCGCACGUCCAACUUUUCAGCCCAAAUUUACAAACCUUACUUUUUUCUUUUUUUUUGAACUCGUCUCAGACGUCGCAGGUUUCUGAAGGCCAGUGAUGAUAUCUGCAAAUUUCAGCUAAAUUAUAUCUGCACUUAAAAUCAGGAAGUCAUUAUGUUGCAGAAUUUCUCUUGUCACGUUUAACUGGGACUGAAAUUUGGACGCUGAGGGACACUAACUAUGAAACUAGAUUAAUGAUGACUAUAAAGAACCAUCACACCUACACUUCAGGUGGGGCUGCUGUGACAGUGUUCAGACCGGUUUGAUGUUCAGCCAAUCACCAGAUCAGACCAGUAUACUAAAUUUUACCACCAGGUGUCACACUUAACUCAGCAGGUGCUCCUGAACUGAGCAAACAGAAAACUGGUGUCUGACGACUGUGCCACAUCACGUAACGUCUGUCCACACCUAAAUAUGAUCUGCUGUUACAUCACGUAAACAAACCACGUAGCUCUCAGCUGUUAGCUGGAGGUCAGACUGGGGACUACUGACACAGUAUGAGUUGGCUUGAGUGCUGUGACAUGGUCGGCGCAGGUUGGUGAUGUAGGCGACUUUUUAAAUUGCCAAAUUGUGUCAAACGGGUUUAAUGUCGUACACCGGACCAGACUGGACCAGCAGAAUCAGAAAUCAACCCAACUCUAGUGCCACUCGAAGAAGGUGAGCCAGUUGUAGGUUCAGAUUUUCGUCCUGACAGAUUUUUGUAGGUUCGUGUACAUCAAAACAGAACCCUGGUCUUCAAAAGAAGAACCGACUAAACUGGACAGUGGUGAGUCGGUUUGGAUCAGUAUCACUUCAGACUUAUCCAGAAUAGUCUGAUCCAGUUUGGACCAGUUAGUCUGAGCUGGUGUGAGCCAGUUUGAGCUGUUUCAGACCGGUCUGAGUUCGUCAGCAGUCUAACUUUGGGCUAAAACUGAAUUACAGUGUUCUUUUAUUUGUGAAGAGUUUUUACACUUCUUUGAUUUUUUUUGUGUUGUUGACAUUGGAAACUACCAAAGACCUUCUGAGCCCUCCAGACUUACUGUUCCUAGUCCUGAGUCCUGUUUGGAUCGAGCUGGACCAGUCUCACUGCUGGUCUUUAGCAGGUUUUGGUCAGGACUGGCUUUGGGACGAGCAGCACACAGAGAGAAGUGACAGUCUGAGGAAGACAAUGAAGAAGAGAAACUUCACAAUCUGCUGCAACUCUGUCAAUCAUCUACUGUCGAGAACACAAACAGUACAAACCUACUGUGAACAAAUGCUUUUCUGUCUGUCCGUCUUCAGUUUCUCUUCAGCUCUUCAAUCAGCUCCUACACCUACAGAAAUGUAUUUUUGUUAUACUCUGACUUAUAUCCAACAUUAAGCUAAACAAUAGACAAGCUACACACAGUGUAACCAUUCCUUGAGCUAUGUAGGCUAACACAUCCCCGACACAAGCUACAGCAGAAACCUUCAACUCCAGAGCGCUUGGUUUGAUGUGCCUGGGAUGCCAGGCGGGUGGGGUUUGCACUUUAUAAAGGACAGUUUACUGAAUGUUGAUGCAAAUUUCCAGGCAAGCUCAGUCCAUCCAACAAAGCCUGUCUGGCUCCUGUCGUACUGUUUAGAUCGAGUCCUUUUUAUAAAGUUGCCAUCUUUGAAGUUUGAGCUCAGAGUUUCUCAGCCUUGGGGUCAGGACCCAACGUGGGUUUGCAGUUGAUGUUUCAUGGAUAAAGAUCAGGUACAGAUCACUGUCCUCGAGAGUAUUUUGGGAUCAUGGGCCAGAUGAUGUUGAGGAACCCUUUCUACCAAGGUGAAAGAAGUUUGUUUGAGCGUUUCAUUAACUCAGCAGCUGCUGACCAAUCAGCUUCCAGCAGGUUUCGUGACCUCAGUCGGUCUUGAGAGUCAGGAGGUUCAGCCUCUGCUUGUCUUUGGUUUCUGACAUUUAAAAAAAAAAGGUUGUUGCUCAGUAACUAGUAUAGCUCUGUCCAUAGACUAUUAAUCGUUGUACUCGCCACUACUUCUUGGAGACAUUUAAGCACUCACAUUCUUGCAAACUGAACCUUUAACACCAGGGAUGACAGGAUCACAUUAGCAUUACAGCAGGUUCAGGGCUAUUCUGUCUGGAUUUUACAGAAAUAAAUGAACAUUAGGGAUGCUCCGAUUCGUCUUUUAGAUUCAUAGACUUCAUUAAAGCAUUAGACAUCAAAGGAAACAGGAACUAAUCACCAACUGGUUCCUGUUUUUUGGGCUCUUACUGAAUGUUGGGGCUUACCUUCUUGUGCAACAAGCUAAAAGAGAAAUUUAAAACCUCCUCUAAAUGUAAACAGACUUUUGGAUGAUUAUUUUGUGGAUGUACCUUCUUAUGUCUGCAAAGGAAGCUUCCUCCGCCCCUGCUAGUAUUUAUACUGCAAAAAUUACCCUUAUUGGACUUAAAAUGGCAGCAACGUCUGAUUGCUGUGCAGUCGAGAACAGGCCAUGAGAGCACUAUUUAAAGUAAUUUCUAUUAAAAAACAGUCACUUUGCCCAGAUUUCAUCUGAUUGAACGGAGCAUCCUUCAUGAUCUAAAGGAACAUCUGCCUUCAGAUCGAGUGUGGGUAGAAGUUUUAGUUCUGAUGUCUAAUUUUCCGUCCUAACAUUUGGUGCUACUACCGAUCAUUGGCUCUGCGUUCGUCCUUAUUGAUUGUUCAUCACAGGUGUCGUAUCAAGAGUCUGGGUUGGGUCUUAAAGUUCAUGAUGUCGACCCUGCAGGCCUUACCAAGAGCCUGGUCACACAGGACGUACUUGAAAAUAAGAAAUCCUCAGCGAUUAUUCUGAGAAGCUGCAGAGGCAGAAACACUGAUACUGUCAUGUGACUCUCAAGGAGAUGGUUCGAUAAAAGGCAGUUCCCAAGCUGACAUUCUAUCUCGACAUUAUAACAGAACCUGAACUCAAGGGGUCAAAGGCACACAGCAGCACACUGAAAGGCCAAUCACGGUAAUAUCAAGCACGACUGGUUACAAUCUUGAUGUCCCAAAUUUGUCAGAGAACAGGGUUGAUCCUGACAGAGCAGGGACGAAGAAGUUUAUCUGGGACUCAUACGGGACCGAUCCCGGCGUCCAGAGGACACUUGGCCAUUCUUAGUCCUGACCACAGACUGUGUAUAAAGAUGGACAACAUGACAGCUCACCAAAAGUGAAGCCUAAACAUUUACAUUGCCCCCUGGUGGCUGGCUGCAGUACAGGUCAUAAACCCCGCCCCCUUCAUGUUAGUAGAUGGGACAUGAGGUGCUGCUCGCGAUAAGUUGGACAGGUGCAUGAGCAGGAAACUUUGUUACCGCAGAAUUUGCUACUGCGCAGACUCUGGCUCCAAAUGACGUCACCAGAACGAAAUGGCAGCGACCGUAUCCAGAAUAUUUUAACUUGAGUUCUGUACAGUGGGAGGAGGUGGGGACGCAUCAUCCAUCUUAAUAAACAGUCUGUGGUCCCGACACCCCAAGUUUGAAGCUUGUUUGAAGCUUGUUUACUGAGCCUCUCUUGGUGAAGGUGAAACACGCUGAACAGGAAUGACAAUUACAAACUAGUAAUCUGAUGUCCAUCUUUAUCGCAGAGCUAAAGGAGAAAGACCCAGUUUAUUAAUCAUCUGAUUGGAAAGCGAAGAAAUUCCCCCAAAGACGUAAGCCAUUUUUCUGUUCCUUUAUUUCCUCGCAGUGAGGUGUACUGGGCAGAUAAAGUACGUUGGUCCCAGACCUCUUAAUUGAUGACCAAAAACAACCAAGUCAAUCACAUCUUUGUAGGCAGGGUUAAGAGGGGAACGCCAUCUUCCAGAGCCAGAAAAACAUCCACAAAAAUAAUAAAAAGCGUAGAUAUGAUGUUCAUAGCUGGAGGGGUCAUUGUUAGUUGACUUCCUCUCUGUGCCGAAGGAAGAGAAACAAAACUGACUUUCUGGUCAACAGAUCAUAAAACCUUGGAUCCCAAAAAAAAGGACUCAAAACUCCUUGAAGUCGUUGGAUCAAGUAGAAAAAGGUGCCUGCCAUGGAUGACGUUGCGUCCUGUGUGAUCAUGUCUUGGGGGCUAUUAGCACUGCAGCUCAAUGAAAGCCUCUCGUAGCCUCGUGCUCUCAGAAGACCGGUGCUUCUGAACAGCCACCGUCAGUCCUACAUGUCAUCUCGUUGGGUUUAAGGUGCUAAGCUAAGCUAGCCAGGGCUGAUGCUGAGCCUGUUGUCCAUCUUUGGUGCUCUCUACCAGCCACGAGUGUUCGUGUCUUGAUCUGUGACGCCGAGCAGCUCUGUUGUCAGUGUGGCGAUCUAUCCACAGGCUCUGUUUGUGUAUUUUACAACAACAACACACUUCCUGUCCUGACUCCUGUUAGGUGCUGUUAAGCCUGGCCUCACUUCCUGUCAGCACCCCGUUCAAGCAUGACUGCUGUGUAGAUUUGUUCAGUGGAGAGGCUUAAAACCUGAAUGAGGUCACGCAGAAAACACAACACACUACUGCAAACUGGUGUGGACUCCUAAACUCAACCAGCAAACCUGGAUUACAUCGUCCACGAGAACCUUGCACCUAAAGCAAUGACCAUUAAUUCCAGUUGUUUCGGGAGGCUGUUGGAGACACUCAUCUCUUGCUGCAGAUUUUCUUUAAAACGUGUUGGCAUGUGGCUCGAAUGAGGCUGAUCACAAAUCUGGUUCUAUGAAGGUGUGCGUACAUGUGUUGCGGGAAACUUUAGAAUGCUGAGGAGUCGAUGCCCAGGCCUCCUAAAUCUCAGCAACACAUUGUGCGUCCCUUUGCGUCAAAUAAGCUUAUGGGUUGGUACAACUUGUUGCUGGGAGGCGGGUUUGAAAUGAAAAAGAAAAAAUACGCAAGUAAAUAAAAGCACAAAGCCACACUAACGUCUCCAAACACCCAAGUUUUCAUGUGCCAGCCGUAAUCCUUAACGUGUUCCCCAACAACACCAACAGCCUGUUUGAAAUGACAACGGGCAUCUGUCUCUUUAUGACCUUCAACUCUUAACAAAAGCAGGACGUAGUAUAUGUUGUAGUACUUCCUGUUGAACACUGCACAUACCGGUGUGCAAUGAACGGGUUUCGGGUAUUUGAGGCCAGGCUGGUGCUGUCCACGUCUCUGACUGCUUCAGGUGCUCGGUAUGUUUUCCUUUUGACCAUUUUACAGUUGUUUCACGGACGACACAUUCUAGUCCAGCAGAGUCGAGUCCGUGUGGUAGACUCGUACAGACCCAGUGUUGACUUUCUCCUUGUCCCGAGUUUUACUAAGACAUUUGGUGAAGCUGUCCCCACCCUCCUCCAACCCUCUCUGGUCUGUUCUGACAGAUGUUCAGGGUUCCUGCACUGUUCCAGAAAGUCCCAGAGACAUCUUUGAGAAGUGACACCUGAACAUGAACCCUCAGAUGUCACUGAGUUCAGUGCUUCAGAUCAGCAGCUCUACGUUUGGUGUUAACAGUGGAGUCGGCCAUGUUUUCAAUGAAGUCGAUGACAUUUGAAUCUGGACUCUGAAGGAACCCUGAACUCUGGAUUAACUUGUAACCUUCAGCAGCUGCAGUGAACCAUUUUACAGAUGACAGUCAAACUCCAGUGAUCCCUUCAGAGCUUAUUUGUUGUGUCUGUUUUUGCCGACCGGACAACACUUCGACUCUUUUCUGUUUACAUCAUCAAACCUGCCAAAACGAAGCUCAGACUCUAAUUUCUUUUAAAGUUUUUGAUUGUUUGCUGGUUAAUUUGGAGGUGACACGGUAAACACGGCCGAUGUUCAUGUUCUUUCUACUUUUUGCCUUAAGAUGCGUCACAUGAGUUCCCGUUCAACAAACACUGCCCUGCACUCAGACUCAUCUGGUAGUGUCAUAUUGUGCAAACCCUCUGUAUCAGUGUUUGUAUUGGCUGAACCUGUGACUCCGUCGGAGACGGAUGAAAGUCGCACCAAACAGGUCAUCAUUUGGUUUUUAUCGAGGUGAAUGAGAGGCGGUGUUUGUAGGAUGGGCCGUCAUGUGACAGCACCUUUACUUCAGCAACAGUUUCCUGCUCCUCUGUGGUUCGUUAGUUUCUCAAACCGCCACAUUUCUGUAAACAGGAAACAGUUCAAUCCCAGGUGGAUCUUUGUCAGGUAAUGUUUAAAAUCCAUACCCACAGGCUUUAAGAUGAGGGGCGUGGCUACACAACAACCUGAACAUUUCAAAAUGGUUAAAAAGUGACUGCUCACUCACUCCCCCCACUCGUUACUCUUUGUCGCCGCAGAGUAUUAGAACAACUGGUCCUUCAUUUCAGACAGAAGUAGAAUAAAUUAUUUCAUUUCAGCUCAGUUCUGUCGUCACUGUCACACUAGCUAAUUAAGCUAACGUUAGUUCCAUGCAUUGGUUGAAAACUCGCUCUCCAACUGACAUUUUCAUUUUUCAUGACUGAUUUGUUUUACAUACAAAAACCCUGUAAAGACGUAAAAACUGACUGAGGCUAAAGCUGACAGGUUCCAGCACACAAUAUAAUGCUAAAAGACUAAUGCUAAAGCUAACAAGACAGGCCGUGAUGCUAACAGAUUGAGGCUAAAGCUAACAAGACAGGAUAUGAUGCUAACAGAUUGAGGCUUAAGCUAACAAGACAGGAUAUGAUGCUAAUUGAUGGAGACUAAAGCUAACCUCGACAAGAUGCUGAGAUAUGAUUGGAUAGUCCCAGUUGGUGGGAGGUGUUUAGAGAAUGAAAACUUUAUUCAAACUGCGUCCCGUUGACAGGUUUGACCUGAUAAAGAUCCGACUGGGAAAUCCAAACACUGUGUUUAACUUCCUGUCUACACGAAUAAAGUUAUUUUUGAAAACCGCUCUUCUCCUCCACGUUUUGACCUCUCGUCCACACAAACGCAAAUUCUGGAAAACACCUCGAACGGUGCAGAUCUGUCUAAACUUCUGCUAUUGUGUAUCUGAUUGGAGCAUUUGGGAAACUAUGUCAUCUUCCCAGUUUGCACAUGGCCGUUGUUGCUUUGUGCAAUGAGCAUACGCCAAAAACAACAACAGCAGCAGCAGGCUAACAGCUUGUUUAUUUUGUUAGCACUGCUUCGGUCUAAUGAUGACGUUACAUCAACCCGCUGUGCUGCUGCACCACUUCAAAGACGAGUUGAGUGGUCUGCGGCGCCCGACGUUACCUGGUCGACCUCAGCAUCUGCGGCCUGAAGUCGUCCAGAAAAAACAUUUUGGGAUCAUUCUUUGGUGUUUGACACUUUGUCGAGGCAGCUUUUACCAACACCUAGUGGCCGGGUGAGUGUUUUGAGUCGUUCUGGUGUGGACGGAGACAUUUUGUAAAAACCAAGGUAGUUUUUAAAAAUAUCAGUUUAUGUGUAGACGGGACCUGAACAGGUAAACAGGUGUUUCUGGAGUGAUGUCAAAGUUUCAGACUGGACUCUGUGACAGACGUGGUUUUGUAAACGUCCCUGAUCAUCAGAAACUGUCGGAGCAGGAUGUCAUCAUUCAGUUUCAUGUUUCAGUUUCAGCGGACACAACUUUUCUGUUCAUGAUGAUUGUCUUGUUCUUAUUUUUUGUUUGUUGUUGACAAAAUCAAAACCAAACAAACAAACAAACAGAAAACCCUUGGUAACCACCGGCCUGAAGACAUUUCAUGUUAAACUGAACCCCCCCCCCCCCCCCCCCCC